CGUACUUCCGGUUGUGAGUUUUUCUUCCGUAAUGCAUGACCUUGCGUAAUUCCAGAACGCUCUGGAAAAACUACCGUAUCCAACUCAAGUCGCAUAGGAGUGGACGUUAAUAAAACACAAAAUGCUGGCGGCAAGGAUAGUUUGCCUGCGAACAGUCCCUGUGAUGGGAAUUCGCACGGCGUUGACGCAGGGAUCUCCUGCUUUGAGGACGUCUGUCAACAAGACGUAUCAGCCACUUGUCAAGCAAAGCCAGAACUACUCCACCAGAACCAGAUUUGGCUUCCGCCGCUCAAAGACCUCCAAGGAACAGCUUCAUGAAGCAGCAUUUGAGCCAGCCACCGAGACCGCCAUGAAAAUUGACAACGUGGGCAAGAUGGUGUUGGCUGGAGGAGCGGCUGUAGGAAUGGGAGCUCUGUGCUACUAUGGACUGGGGAUGUCAAACGAGAUCGGAGCCAUUGAGAAGUCUGUCAUCUGGCCCCAGUACGUGAAGGACCGCAUCCACUCCACCUACAUGUACUUUGCCGGCAGCGUGGGGAUGACUGCCCUGUCAGCCGUGGCAGUCAGCAGGACACCGGCCCUCCUCGGCCUCAUGAUGAGGGGCUCCUGGCUGGCGAUCGGAGCUACGUUUGCUGCCAUGAUUGGAGCCGGCAUGCUCGUGCGGUCCAUCUCCUACGAGCACAGCCCUGUCCCCAAGCACUUGGCCUGGCUACUGCAUGCAGGCGUGAUGGGUGCGGUGGUGGCCCCCAUGACCCUGCUUGGCGGGCCCCUGAUGAUGCGUGCCGCCUGGUACACGGCGGGCAUCGUGGGCGGCCUCUCCACUGUCGCCAUGUGCGCCCCCAGCGAGAAGUUCCUCAACAUGGGAGGACCCCUCGCAGUCGGAUUCGGGGUGGUCUUCGCCUCCUCCAUAGGCUCCAUGUUCCUGCCCCCCUCCUCUGCGAUGGGCGCGGGCCUGUACGGUAUAGCGGUGUACGGAGGCCUGGUCCUCUUCAGCAUGUUCCUCCUCUACGACACACAGAAGGUCAUCAAGAGAGCAGAGACACACCCACUCUACGGCGUGCAGAAAUACGACCCCAUCAACGCGUGCAUGGGCAUCUACAUGGACACCCUGAACAUCUUCAUGAGGCUCGUCAUGAUCCUGUCUGGAGGCGGCAACCGCAGGAAGUGAUGUCAUAAGCAGAACUCUAUGAAGCUCAGUGGAGGCUAACAGUCAUCUCCCAGCACUUAGACCUCGUCCAACCUGCAAACCUAUAUCUACACAUCUAUCUUUUACAUCAGAGAUUCUCUUUUGCUCAGAUACAGACACCGAGCAAAUAAAAAAAAAACUAGAGGAUGAGUGAGGUGGUUGAGUUUUGUCGUCAGGUUGCACAGCGUUGCCGCACGUGUAAAUAAGAAAGUGGAAAUUGCCAAGGGGGCGUUCCAGAAAAGUGGAAGAGUAACCGUGCAUUCAUGUGCCCUCGGAAGUUGAUAUUAUACCGUCUCGGAAACUCGGUAUAUAGUGUAAAAUACCGCGAGGGGGGAUGGGAUGUGUCCUUCUCAUGUCUGCGUUUGGCAUUUAUCAUAGUUCUCAGAGCACAUGAAUGCACGGUAAGACACACAAGUGAACUCAAACCAGGUGAUGAACCUCACAACAGAAGAGCCUUAUUGCUUUGUUUUGCCUAGAAAACUAAGCCCUCUGUUAUGGGGUUAGCUACUUGUUCUGAGUUGGCAUGUGACAUAACCGGCUUUCUGGAUAGCCCCCAUAAUGCCAUGGUUUUGUUAUUGUUUUUGUAAGUAUUGAAAGGUGGCCUAUUUUUAACAGCAUGAUAACCUAUGGUGUAGGGCAACAGCAAAUCAUUGGUAACACCUUCAAUAAAAAAAAGGUCUUAGAUAUACAAUCUUGUUGAUGGGAAAGAAAUAUUUUAUUUUGCUAUUUAUUUAAGAUGACUGAUAAUUUUGCUUCUGUAAGCCAUAAAGGUUAUAAUCUGGUAUGACCCUACCAUUAAUACCUCUCUUCAUUCGUAGAGAAGUAUUAUGGGCAGGUCAUACCAGGCCACAAAAAGUUAGACCGUGAGGAAGCUCUACUGCAGUCUAGUUUCCUUUUGUUUCCGGCUAUUUAGCACGUUCAGGAGAUCGAUUUCCAAAGAUGGCAGUUAAGGUUACGUCUCCAGACGUGGUAGAGGAAUACAUGUAUUGACUUAUGGUGAUUCACCUACACAUUGUCUCGUUUUGAUUACACCAAUAAAGUUUAACAGAUAUGGGA